AUGCCGGGCCCUCAGCUGUCUGAAGACACCAUGGGACGCGCCACGAUGCGCAGCCUGGGCGGCUUCGCCCUGGGGAUGACCACUGCCACGCUCUAUGCUGGGUUGGUCAUUUUUGUCCAGGGCUACAACAUCUGGUACUGUCUGGUAUCAACUAUCAGCCUGGCGGCCGGCCUCGGCUUCGGCAUGGCCUUCUCCUACAAAGUGAGGGUGACCGUCUUGCUCGUGCUGCCCCAGAUGUUCUCAAGAGAGACCAAAACCAUCCUGCUCGUCUUGGCCUUCGGCCUGGCCAUGCAGGGCCCCUUCGCCAACAUCGUGCGGAACUUCACGCGGUCUGCCGAGGCCGUGUCGUGCGGCGCUGAGCUCGCUCUGAACCAGACCACGGAGAUGCUGCAGAGGGCCCGGCAGCCCCUGCUCAAUGCGUUACAGAAAAUCAAGGAUAUCGCCAAGAAGGCCAAAGUGGUUGGAGACCGCGUCCGAAAGCUUUUCCGGUCUGUCAUGGACUCUGUGCGGCAUGUUGCUCACUGCCUCCGGAACGUCUGGUACUGGCUCCUGAACCUGGGCGAGGUGUGCAACCGGGAGCUGGGCACCCCCUAUCGCAAGUGCGUUCGCAUCUUUGACAAUGCCCAGGACGAAUGUGAACGGGCCAUCCCUCUCCUUUACUUCCUCUGCUACAUCGUUCUGCUCUUCAAGCCCCUCUGCGGCCUGGCGAACAUCCUCCUCGUGUUUUGCAUCAUCCCCCACUAUAUCGUGCCUUUCCUACGCCGCAACGUCGGGGCUCCCAUCUCCAGAGUGCUCAACCGCAUCCGCCGCGAGUUCGAAUUCAACAUCACCACCUUCCACCAUUACGACGUGACCGUCAACGCCAGCAAGAGCCUCUCCCAGGUGGCCUUUGACAUCAUGGAGGAUGUCUCGCUGCGCUUGCAGCCGGUGAAGGAAGCCGUGGGGCUCUUUGGCUACAUGUCCACUUUGGUAAUUCUUUACAUCUAUGUCAAGGCUCUUCUCUACCGGAAGUGUUACUUGCACGAAGACAGCUUCGACAAUAUCUACAUCACGAAGCAGUUCCUAGAAAUGGACGCCAUGCGGCGGAAGCAGAAGAGAGACACUGUCCUGCCGUUGUCUGCCACGGAGAGCACAAAAUACAUCCGCCCAGCCUCUUUCGUAUUACCCCGCCACGAACGGCUCCGCUACACCCUGGCGUUGUCCUCCAUCUUCCGCCAGCUCAUCAUCGUGGUCCUCCUGAUCGUUGGCGAUUAUUCGGUCUUCUGGCUUUUCGACCUGGUGCGGUAUCAGCUGCAUGGCGAAAUAGUUGCCAGGGCCCCUGUGACGAUGACCAUCAGUGUGACCGGGACGGGCUACUCGGGCGAGAUGUACCGGGACAUGGUUUCAGCGUUUGAUGUGCUGCAACGUGGGAACAUCAGCGUUCUGUCCAAGAAAUGCCGCUUGCACCCCUCAGAGCCUGAUUACGGCGGCUACGUCAUUAUCGGUCUCAUGUACGGAGCUUGUUUAUUCAUUGCCGUCUGUGGAAGCUAUGUGCAGCGUCUGCGGCGGGCCGUGUGCGCCUGGUACUAUCCCUCCCGUGAGCAGGAGAGAAUCUGCUACCUCUACAACACCAUCCUGACCCGAAGGACAACUUUACUGAGCGCUGUGCUGAAGGCCGUGAGGAGGAAUUCGGCUAACGGAGGUCACACCAACCUUUUCCUCAUCUUGGGUGCCAAGAUACCUGUGCUGGGCUGGAUCGUCAAGAGGCUCGGCAUUCACGAGUCUUCCUGCAUGGGCUGUGGAAGCGUCCGUGAAGGCACAGCCAGUGAAGAUUUUGUCACCUGCAGCACACCAGGUUGCCGAGGGAUCUACUGCCCCAAAUGCUUCCAGCUCUUGAACAACAUCUGCUCCAUCUGCAUGGGCCCCCUCACCUUUCAGGGUGAUCUGGACGAGGAGAUCGACUCCAGCGAUGAGGAAGCCAUGGCCCUGCAGACGGGGGCCGUCAAGGCCCUCCGGGAGCAGCCGAGCGAGGAGCGGCAGCGGCAAGAGCUGAAACACCGCAUCAAGCGGGCCGUAAAGGGGAAGGGAGCCUGCCGCCGCUUGCCCCCCGAGGUGGCCCAGAAGACGCUCGACCGGCUGAAGGAGGAGGGGAGCAGCUCCAGUGAGGACAGCGAAUCAAGUAGCGGUGGCAGCGCCCCCAGCUCGGGGUCUACCUCCAGCCUGGAUUUCACCUAUCAAGAUCAGCCAGAGAGAAGCGGCAGCGAGGGACCCGCCCCCAGGUCCGAGGAGCUGGAGGAGGUGAAAUCGGAGGGGCACCCCCUGCAGGUGGAGACCAAACCGGACAGAAGGCCCCCGGAGGAGGAGAAACCGGAGGGAGGUCCCCUGCUGGAGCUGGAAGGAGGACAGCCAAUGGGGUCACUAGGGAUGGAGAAACUGAAGGGUGUCAUAGAGCCGACAGGGAGGAAUAUCCAACCGGUUCGUCUGCCCUUUCUCUUUCUUAAACGGGAUACUUAG